AUGGCAGUCCUUCAAGUAAAAUUCACCAAAACUAAGAGAGACAAAUUGGCUCAGAUCCUGUGGAUUCUCAAUUGGGUUUCCGUAGUGAGUGGGAUCACGCUCUUUAGUUUGGGCCUCUUCUUGAAAAUUGAAAUUAAGAAGCGCAAUGAGGUGAUGGCAAGAGAGAUUAACUCUGUCCCCAACAUGCUAAUCUCAGUAGGGGUGAUAGCUUGUAUCAUCAACUUUCUUGGUGGCAAAAUAUGCUAUGACUGUUCAGAUACCAACAAGUUCUCCCGAUGGAAGCUGGUUAUGUUCCCUUACAUUGUGUGUACCUUCUGCUUUACCUUCUGCAUCCUGGUAGGUGCUGUCAUGUGCUAUACUAUGAGGAAUGAGCUAGAGGAAUCCCUUUAUCUGGGACUGAGGAAUGCUAUUAAAUUCUACAAGGAUACAGACAUACCUGGAAGAUGCUUCUUAAAGAAAACAAUAGACCUGUUACAAAUUGGAUUCCAGUGCUGUGGAAACAACGGCUUCAGAGAUUGGUUUGAAAUUCAGUGGGUAUCUGUUCGUUACCUGAAUAUGGCAUCACAGGAAGUUCUGGACCGUUUGAAGAGUAAUGUCGAUGGGAUAUUCUUGGUGGAUGGAGUGCCUUUCAGCUGCUGCAAUCCAAAUUCACCACGGCCCUGUAUCCAAUACCAGCUUACAAAUAACAGUGCUCACUACAAUUAUGAUUUUUUGACAAUGGAGCUCAACAUCUGGAUGAAGGGGUGUAAGCAGGCUCUGCUGGAUUACUAUACUGAUAUCAUAAAGUCCACUGGCAUCAUAGUGCUCAUCAUCUGGUUCUUUGAGCUUUCUGUACUUAUGGGUGUCCGAUACCUACAAACAGCAAUGAAGAAUGUUCUCCUAUUGGGUGAUCCAGAGUGCGAGUCCAGUGGCUGGUUACUAGAAAACAGCUUCGUAGAAACUGCCAAGUACAACAUCCACAUCAUUAAGAACCUUGGCAAAGUCAACCAUGUGUCCACUGUCUCGGGGAUGAAUGACCCCAACAUGGAUAUACAAAAGGCAAACUAUGGUCCAGACAACAUUACAGCAAAAUCCAUUCCCACAGCUAACUCAACAUGACAGCUAUUUCACUGAAAAGCUAAAUCUGAUUUGGCACCAUCAUUUAAAUCAUGACAUCACCAGAUUUUUACUGGUAGGAAUAAAA